AUCACCCAAAAAAUCGAAGACGCGUGCGUCGCAAUGGUUGACUGCAACGAACCCCAACCCAAAGUUUCCGGCGAGGAGGAGGAAAGCUACGUUGACAAGAAGCCGCCCUAUUCAUACGUGGCUCUCAUUACGAUGGCCAUUAAAGACAGCGCCUUCGAGAGGGAAACAGUAAACGGGAUUUACGACUACAUCACCUCCAAGUUCCCUUUUUAUCAGAGCAACCAAAAAGGCUGGAAAAACAGCGUCCGACACAAUUUGUCCAUAAAUGAGUGCUUCGUCAAGGUAGCAAAGGAGAUCUCGGAUGGCAGGAAGGGCCACUACUGGAUGGUGCACCCCGCUUUCAAAGACAUGUUCGAGGGGGGCAAUUACCAGCGCCGUCGUCGCCGCACUGCGAGGAGGCCCCAAAGUAACCUUUCGAGUUUGGUCGUCUUGAACAACCCGACGCCGCACGUGAGCUGGACUAACUUACCCCAACCGAGCUUCUACCACGCGGGUUCGUUCCAUGGCGUCAACAACAUUCCUCUGGUGAGCCCCUACCUGACGCAGCCGUACUGUGUGCCCAGCGCCGUCUACCAUCAACAGCCGGAUUUCGCGCCACUGAACUGGAACCAGUAUGGCACCGUCGGCCCCACCAUACUUGGCACCGGCUCGUGGGAAUCCGGCUAUCAGCACUUGAAUGCCGUUUGGGGACACUUCCAGAGAUGAGAAGAAGCAGGACAUUUGUUUAUUGAAGACAGUUCCUAAUUGUAUUAUACAGCCAACUGAAAGAAUGUUUUUGUUCAUGCUGUAUAUUUGAUCUGCUAUUUGGCUUCUAUGCCAUAGUUAAAGCACUUUUCCCCCUUUCUUCAGAUGUUUACA